GCAGACCUGCUGUACGUCAGCACCCUGCCCUUCCUCGUCAGCUACUACCUGCGAGGCAGAGUGUGGCUCUUCGGGCAGGGCUGGUGCCAGACCACCCGCAGCCUCUUCCACCUCAACCUCUACGCCAGCAUCGGCUUCCUCACCUGCAUCAGCAUCCACCGCUACCUGGGCAUCGUGCACCCGCUGAAGGCACGGGGCCGGUGCCAGGGGGGUUCCUCUUCUCCGUGGCUCAGCGUGGCAGUCUGGGCGUGGGUCAUUGCCCAGGUGGCUCCUGAUCUUGCCUUCAGCAAGACGGACGACACGGGGACGCGGUGCCACGACACGACGGGGCACAACAAGCUGGACGUUUACUUGCCCUACACCUUGGCUGUCACCGUGACCGGGUUCAUCAUCCCCUUCCUCAUCAUCCUCGGGUGCUACUGCCAUGUGGUGUUUGUGCUCUGCAGGAACGACACCAUGGACCUCGAGCUCAGGAGAAGAAGCAUCAGACUGGUGGUUCUCGUGAUGGUUCUCUUCUCCAUCUGCUUCCUCCCCUACCACAUCUUCAGGAACCUCAAUCUGUUGUCCCGUGUCUGGCAGCUGCAAGGGUUCUGCACACAGGCUUCAAAGAACAUCUACGUUUCCUACCAGGUAACCCGGGGCCUGGCCAGCCUCAACAGUGCCCUCAACCCCCUGCUCUAUGUGAUCACGGGCAAAGACUGCAUGUCACGGAUAAGGAGCGUCCGACAAAGAGCCAGACAGCAGCUGGGGACCACCUUCAGCAGGAAAACCUCUUGCCAGGCAGAUCAGAGGAAGGGGGGCACAAUCCUUUCUAAGGAGGAGGCUUCUGAUGCACUCUGA